CCUCGGAACGUCACGAGAAUGGUGUGAGUUUUGCUAAGUAUUUACACCGUAUUUUCUGAUAAUUCGUCGAAAUGCCGAGACUGUAGUACAUAGAUAUACUCCCACGUAGGCAACAAUGGUUGUGAGGAACGAACUGCAAAAUUGAUACUAUAAACGAACGUUGGAUUAGAUCUCCUGCCACCUCACCAGACAUCAAUUUUGGAACAAACGAGCGUGCUACAGAACGUGUUCAUCUGUUGACACAAAUGACGAAAACCAAGGCGUAUUGCAUUACGUUUUGUUGCCAGUUGAAACAGGAAGUAUAGUGUCUAUACCACCAAAAUACGCCAUUGCAAGUCGGUAGCUCAGCCUCAUCUUUGUCGGUCGACUUUGUGGAAAUCCUAUAUUGAUUCAUAGCCGCCGCUGCUGUUGGUAUAUUUUCUUCAAUUUGUUUCAGCUCAAGUCAUCAGUGAUAAUUAGAAACAAAGUGUUUUCUGUAUCUACUGAAGGUUUCUGAAAAUAAUUUCCUAAUAGCAAUUUUAGAAAGAAAAAAAAAUAUGUUGACUUUUUAUUGAAACUGCGUCGAGGCUUUGUUCAAGCUGUACAAGUGCAAGGAGAUCAUAUACAACUUCGGUCAACUCUUCUGACUACAGCAAUUACAAAAGAACAUGUCGUCUAUUCACUACAAAUUUAAAAGUAGUAAUGACUAUGAUACGUUAACUUUUGAUGGGCUGCAUAUAUCCCUGUCUGAUCUGAAGCGAGCCAUACUUACUCAAAAGAAAAUUGGGAAGUCUGCAGAGUUUGAUUUGCAAAUAACAAAUGCGCAGUCUGGCGAAGAAUACAAGGAUGAAUCGCACCUUAUACCAAAGAAUGCAUCGGUCAUCGUUAAGCGAAUUCCUGUUGGCGGGAUAAGAGCAAAUAUUAAAGCGGAGCCGGUUGAUCUGAAUGGGGUACCAAAUAUCAAACCAAAUGAAGAACGUGGAUCAUCCCUUUCGAUUGAAAGACUCAGCCAGACAGCUGACUUGGCAACUGCGAAUGCUUCCGAAGAAGAUAAGAUAGCUGCAAUGAUGCAUCAAGCUGGCAGGGACUAUGAUCCAGCAACAUACCCAAGAUCAAGGUAUCCAGUAGGUCCACCUCCAGUAAAUUAUCGGUGCUACAGAUGUCAAAAAACUGGACACUACAUAAGAAAUUGUCCAACUAAUGCAGAUAGCCGAUUGGAUAUCCGGCAGCCAAAACACAGCACAGGGAUACCUCAUAGUUUUAUGACAACUGUUGAUAAUGCCUCAGUUCCUGGUGCCAUGUUAACAUCAUUCGGACACUAUGCUGUGCCUAUAAUUGACCAGAAUGCUUACAAAGUUGGGAAAAAGGAGAAGCCGUCAUUUCUGCAACAAGAGGCAGCACCCCCACCUCUUGUGGAAAGUGCCCCAGUGCCACCUGAGUUACAAUGUCAGAUUUGUAAAGAUCUUCUCAGAGAUGCUGUUGUCGUUCCUUGCUGUGGAAACAGUUACUGUGAUGAGUGCAUACGUAAUGCCUUACUAGAAACUGAAGACCAUACAUGUCCAGGGUGUCAUGAGUCGGGUGUAUCACCAGACUCUCUUAUUGCAAACAAGUUUCUAAGACGAGCUGUCACAAAUUUUAAGAAUGAGACUGGGUACACCAAAGUCAAACCAGUUCAACCGCCCCCUGUCACUAUGAGUAUACCAGUGAAGCCGCCUCAGCAAGUACCACCUCCAGUAACGCAAACACGGCCACAGCUGCAGCUGCAGCCGAGAGUAGAGAGACCUCCACCUAGUGCAGUUCCUCCUCCCAGAGCUAUUACUGUACCUAGUGUUCCAACUACUGCAAGUCCAUCACUAGAGCCUUCUCCAGACAGGCCAAGUACACCUACAAUGGAUGAGAUGCCGACGAAUAGUACAGUGCCCCGAAAUGCAAGUAUGCAGAUGCGCCAUGUGUCUGUACCAGCAGCUGAAUCACAGAGUAGAUCGGUACCAGGACCCAGACCAUUCCCAAACAAGAAUUUCAACUCUGGUUUUUCAGCUGCAGCCUCAGUCACAGGACCACCAGUGAGGAUGGGAGCUCCCCUUCCACAAGGACAAGGAACUGGUCCACCACAAAGAGUGAAUGGCCCACCACCGCUGCUUUCAGUCUACCCAAGAGACAAUCCACCCCCUGUGUCAGCUUACUCUAAUGACCGUCCUCCUGUUCAUAGACCAACACCACCCGGGUAUACGAGGCACCGACCUAAUGAACCUAGACCUAGGGGACCAGCACCCCCACGGCAUCGACCACCACUACCACCUGGACUUACUUCACCUCCAGGUUCAACACUUCCACUUGGUCCAAGACCCAGAGUUCCACCACCUCAGCCAGGAUACCAUGGCCCACCCCCCAGGCAUAUAGCACCCCUUAUAGGCUCUGCUCCACCACCAGCAUCUCUUCCUCCACUGCUACCUGAAGUUCAUAUGUCCGGGCUGCCUGGUAUGGCUCCACCGCAACCACCACCGCCACCACAUAUUAUGCCUGGCCCUCCACCGGGAUCAAUUCUACCUGGACCACCACCAAUGCCUAUAUAUCCACCAGAUCCAAGACCACUGAGUGAAGAAGAAUUCUACAGAGAACAAAGGAAGCUACAAGCUCAGUAUAAAAAGUCUGAUCCUAUGGAUGAUUUUGCAAGAGAAUUGCUGCAAUAUAAACAAGAACAGAAGCUUCGUCAGAUGUCUAGGUCAAGAUCUCGUUCAAGAUCAAAUUCUUGGUCUUCAAGUUACUCGAGUAGUAGUUCCCGAUCAAGUUCUUACAGCAGCCGCAGUAGAAGUCAUAGCCGCAGUAGCAGUAGUAGUAGCAGCAGUAGUAGUACUGAUCAUAGUCGUUCACGUGGUUACAGCAAGUCUCCUCCUCGAACAAGAUACAGAUCAAGAUCACGUUCAAGACGUAGGUCUCGUUCAAGGACACCUCGUCGGAGAUCUCCACCAUCCUAUAGGAGACCUCGUUCUUAUGAACGUGAACGUGACCGCCCACGUCCACGUUCACCUCCUCCUACCAGAUACUAUAAUGACAGGCGUUCACGGUCCCCUCCUCCAUAUUAUAGGAGUCGCCGAGCCAUGCCGCCUGAACAAUCUUAUGAUCCCAGGUAUGAUACUAGGAUUAUGCGAGGGUAUGAUGAUCGUGCACCUAGAUAUGACCAACCCAGGUAUUAUGAUAGACUUGAUCCGCGGUAUGAUUCUCCCUAUGACUCAAUGCCUGAUCCCCAAAUGGAUCCCAGGCACUAUGAUAGAUACUAUGAAGAUAGAUAUCGUCAAUACACCGAUGACAGGUAUAGACAGCCAAUGCAGCCACACCUAGAUGCUGGAGCUUGGUCGCCACAGAGACGUAGACCAUCACCUCUUCCUUUACAGCAUGGUGGAUAUAGGGGAAGGGAGGAAAUUAACAGGGAAAGACUUGCUAAGCGCCCAUUGCGACGAUCUAGAUCUCCAGUUGAACAUGAAAGACCAAGAAAACGUACUAGAUCUGCCAGUCCGGAAAGAUUAGCUAGGCCAGAUGAUCGGGUCAGAGAUAAACAAAGGAGUCGAGAAAGAACAGAUGAUCAAGUAAGAAGGGACCACCGGGAUCGAAAAGAGAGAAAGCACUCUGAGAGGAGUGAACAGAAAGAAAAUAUUGAAACCACCAAAUCUUCAUCAAGAAGUUCUAAAGAACAUACCAGUAAGAAAUCAAAAAGGUCUGCUGAACCUGUGAAAAAGUCUUCUAAGGUGGUAGACAGUGCCCAAACUGUAAAGGAAGAUAGUAUUGUGAAUGCUGCCAAAGAAACUAAAAAAGAGAAGAAGAAAAAAGAGAAGAAGAAAAAAGUUGGCAAAACAAAAAAUGAGAGUGAUGUAAAAGUCACUGAAGCGACCGAUGAGGUUGUAGAAAUGGCUGAGGAAACGGAACCUAAGAAGAAAAUCAAGAAAGAUAAGUCUAAGAAGAAGAGGAAGCAUUCAAAAUCAUCUGACACCGCAGAGUUACCUGAUGAGCCGGGUGUAAAAAUUGCCAGACCUGAUAUAGUUUCACCAAAGAUGCAUGACAUACCAGAUGCAAGCGAGCUAAUAAAAAACAGUGAGAAAGUAUCGAAACUCCAGAAAAAGAAAGAUACAAAAACUGUGAGUGUUUCAGAUGACAAAAGGCCUACUUCUGCUAAGAAUGUUGAAUUGCAGAAUCCAGAAAAGACUGUCAAAUUAGAAUCUAAAGAUGAUAUCGGGAUCAGGAGUCCUUUGAAAUCUAAGGUUAAAGUUGUUGAUUAUUCCAGUGCAAGCUCUGCUAACAGUCCUCAACAUAUCAAGGGUAAAAAACCAACACCCAUAGAAAGUAAAAUUGUUAAGACUGAAGAGAAACGAGAGAAGAUCUCUUCUGUUGUUAAAGUGAAGGACGAGUUGAAGGACAAGAGAGAGUUCAGGUUGUCUGUGGAACUGGAUAACAGUGCCGCUCAUAUGGGGAGUAGAGAAGUCACAAUGAAGAAAGAAAAGGAUGCUACAGGCUCAAACAGUCAGGAGAAUUCUGAAUCAACUCCUGUUGAAGAACUUAUCACAAUAACUGUACCGGUAUCAAAAUGGGAACAAGAAGAGUACGAGUCCGGGGCUAGCAAUGCUCCUUCAACAUCACAGUCACCUAAAGGCACUUUAGAUCUUGAGCAAAGCGAAGCCAACUUUGAGCCAGAUUACAAUGAAUCAAGUGAAUCAGAAAGUGGGGAUGAGGAAUCUCUAAAAGUUGAUGAACAAAGUGCCAGUAGAAGUCGCAGCCGCACUUUGAGUAGUAGCACUGCAAGAUCCAGCCAAAGCCAGAGUCCUACUAGGAAGAGCCACAAGAAGCAUAAGAAACACAAAAAGCAUAAAAAGCAUAAAACAAAGAAGAGGAAGACCUCUGGAAAGGAUGAGGAUAGUACCACCAAAACUCACAAAAAAAAACACAAGCAUAAAAAACCUAAAAAAUCAAAGACAAAAACAAAACAUAAAGAAAAAGAAAAAUAACCAGUAGUAAACUUGCCUUACCUAGAUACGAUACAGUAUUAUAUCCAUAUGCACUAAGUGUAUGUAUUACAAUAAGAAAUCAUAAUUUAACAUUUUUUUUUUUCACUCCUCCCUCCCCGCUGUUAGUUCAGUUGAGAAGUGAUUUUGUGCCAAAGUUAAAUUCGUUUACCCAUCUGUGGCAUGUUAUGAUGAGUGAAAAGUUCCAGGCGCCAGUAUUCCUAUGCAGUGCUGUGUGAUUUUACAUCGCAUGAACCAGUGACAAUUUUUGCAAUUAGAUUGGUUUCGUGACAGCCUCUCUCACAGACUUAACUGCAUAACAUAUGCAGACCAUUGUGGUUUAUUAUUUCAGUCAGGCCAGAUGCGCAAAUAAUGUAGUUCCUUCUGAAAAACAAUUACAUAUCACGUGGUAUCGUUCUACUAGUCAUCAGCCAUCAGCCAGUCUUGGCAGUCAGAAGGUAUCAAUGUUACAUAAUAUUUUGAGCAGAAGCUGGACAGCUUACUGUGGUACAACUUAAAGGGACACUUCCAGUUAAGCCUAAUCUCACAACAAAUUUACGUUCUGGAUUAAAAUUACACUACAUAACAAAAGAUAGAUUAACUUUGUUAACAACAUAAACAAUAGUGUCCCAUGAUUCUUUGGUGCAAUCCAUGGGAUUGAGCGGUUCCCCUUUAAAGGCCCAGGUAUACUAUAAAUACGCUCUUAAACAAUAGGAAUGAUUUCCUUGCUUGUCACAUUGUAGUGAACAGCUCCAGCCAAGCUCCCGUAAAAACGCGUUUUCUCGAACUUGCAGGUCGAUUAUGUCGUGCCAAAGUGGAUGCAUGUGACUAUGAAUAUCACAGCAGUGACUGUGUGUAGUAUUUAUGACAAUAAAUAGUGUACGAGCUGAGAUUUUGGCGGAUAAAAGUCAAAAACACGAACCGAGGAAAGGGAUGCGCUACUAAUCUUGCAUAACUAACUACUGUCAAUCAAAGUCACAUGUUGGACCGCUGAAACAGGAUGCGUCAUAGGCUAUACAAGUGAUUAACAACACUCAUUAGCAUAGCCACACCUCCAAUUCACACUUGCCCGGGGCAAGUAAAUUGGGCCUUUAACACUUCAUCCUUUAACUGCUCCAACAAGACUGUAAAUCGUUUCCAAUGCCAGAAGUGUUCUCCGUUUAUAAGGGUGUUUUGAAGAAUGAGAUUUCAUGAAAGUCACAGACUCCCUCUGCUUUGAAAGACUGCAACUGCUCCACAAUUUUGUGAUAAUUCUUUGCAAAAUUAAAUCGAUUUACAGUAUCAUAUAUCAAUCUGUGCAGCAGAUUGUGAUAAGAUUUUUAUUUGCAUGAUAAUGCCCUGUUCUCCUUAGCUAUAAGGUUACUGUGGAGUGCUAUUAAAUGCACAGCAACAGAAUACAUCACAUUAGACUUUAAACUGCCAUCUUUAUCCUUUAACAGCAAUAUGAUAGUCAACAAGAUUUUCGUCCCAAUUAUUUGUGUUUAGUACAAUAGACCAUUUUCUGUUCGCUGCGAGAAACAGGCUUUAUGCGUGAAA